AUGCGGUGGCCGGGUCGAAAGGAUCGGCGAUCGUUAUCCCCCGGUUACCGAGGCCGUGGGCAGCCGAAUGGGGGGGUCACCCCCGACGAGGAGGAGCCCCGCGCCCCGUCCAGCCGGAAUCUCCCCGGGGCUGCGUCGGUGCUGAAGGACAGCGGCGGCCCCACCGCCCGGGGUGGGGGUCAGCCCGAGGCCGAGCCCCGUCCGCCGCCCUCCGGCCCGGCCCGGUCAGGAGCGGCCCCGGAGCUUGAGGAGGCGGCGAGCACGUACAGGGCUCGUCCCCGGGGGUUCCGCACGGAAUUGCGACGCUUCCCGGCGCGGCCCCGGCGGCGCGGUGAAUUCCAGGUGUUUUCCAUAGGUGGCACCGUCCUCCUGAAAAUCGCGGCAGUGGCCGCGCAGCCCGCAGCUCUCCGGCCGCCCCCUGGGACGGGGACCCCCGCGAGCCCGAGCCCGGGAGCACGGUGCAGGCGGCCUCGGCUCGCAGCGCCCCGGGGAACCGCUCCCCACGUGUCCCCGUCGCCUCCCUCCCGGCCGUGCCCCGAGCACCCCCCGGCCCUGCUCCGGCUGCCGACGGCGGGGACUGAGCGAAGUGGACCCGGCGGGCACAGCCCGAGCCCCGUCCCAGCGGCAGCGCGGGGCGCGGGCCACUCGCUGCCCCCCCCCCCCCCCCCGCUUUCAUCGCCCCGCGGGUUCGCACUGGACCGCGUGUGGGGCUGGAGCCGCUCCCGGGGGUGGAGCGGCGGGGCGGGGGGCGCGUUAUCGCCCAGCUCCGGGCUGCGAACACUUUGCACAAAAGCUCUUUUGUUUCCGGGCUUUCUGAAUUUGCUGAUUAUUUGUAGGAGCAUAAAUAGGAGUUGUUUGCAAAGGCCAGGAGGCAGGAACCGACCCGGGCUCCGCGCCGGGAGGGGAAACCUGAAGGUGUCAGGAGAACCCCCCGGGCCCCCGUCCGACCGCCCCCGGCCCAGGACGGGGCUGCAGCUCUCGGCUCCGGCUGCAGCGGCCGCGGCUCCCCCCGACUCUCACUUCUGCGGGCAGAGGUCGCCGCUGAGCGGACGGGAGGAGCGGACCGGCGACGGGGGAGGGAGCGUGGGGGGCUGGGGGUGCGGCUGCAGUGGGGCCACGUCCCCUCCGUGCCCACGGCCGCGCGUGGGAAACGGGAAUCCCGGAGCCGAGGAGGGGAGCGAGUGUCAACCGGGCUCUCACGAGUGGAACGGGCCCGCGGCCCCCCCGCGCCCCCCCCUCGCCCGUGGGGCCGGGACUCGCCGCGAGCCGCCCCCCCCACCCCCAGCCCUGUGCCCCCCGACGGCAGCCCGCUGGCCGCGCCCUCAGCCCCGCGCUGCCCCUCCGUUGUCGCGCCCCGGCGGGCAGCAUCGCUCCGACGCCGCCGUGCGCAUCGCGAGUGGGAACGGCAGCGCCGUGCUCCGAUGGCACCGACGGCGCUCGGCGGGAGGGGGCCGUGAGAUGCGGAGGGACUCCCCGCACACCGGGGCCUCGGGGUCGGGCGUGAGCAGGGAAGCUGCUCUCGGACACGGAGACCUGGGGCACACCGAGGGACGGGGCGGCUUCUCCGUGCCCCGCGUGCGGGCAGCCCCGCGGAGGACGGGGCGGCCGUGCCGGGCGGGUGCCGAGGUCCUCGUGUCCUUCGCCCAGCGCUCCCGGUGA